CCACUGAUGUAAAUUUUGCGGAGCCACACGUGGUUCGGGUCCAGUUAAAGCGGAGGAGAGAGCCCCGCACAGCGAGAGGCUUCCAGAGUAGCACCAUGUCUCUGUACCGCAACUCCGCCUGGUUCCUGAAGGGAGUGACCGAAUUCACCAGGAAUGCCUUCUUGUCGGCUUCCAAACGGUUCGUGGAGAAGGACCUGGAGGUGUCCGUGGCUGGACGCUCCUUCAUGAUCACUGGAGCCAACAGCGGCAUCGGGAAAGCCACCGCCAUGGCCAUUGCUAAGAAAGGUGGAACGGUCCACAUGGUGUGCAGGAACAAGGACAAGGCUGAGGAGGCGCGGGCUGAUAUUGUCAAGGAGACAGGAAACAAAGAGAUUUAUGUUCACAUCCUGGACCUGUCUGAGACUAAGAAAGUGUGGGAGUUUGCUGAGGCCUUCAAGAGGAAGUACAAGGCCCUCAAUGUGCUGAUCAAUAAUGCAGGCGCCAUUAUGAGUCAGAGGGAUGUGAACGCCGAGGGGCUCGAGAAGAGCUUCGCUACCAACGUCCUGGGGGUUUACAUUCUCACCAAGAAUCUGAUUCCCUUGCUGGAGAAGAGCGCGGACCCCAGAGUGAUCACAGUCUCAUCAGGGGGGAUGCUGGUGCAGAAGCUGAGGACAGGAAACCUGCAGUCUGACAGAGGCCGCUACGACGGCACCAUGGUCUACGCCCAGCACAAAAGGCAGCAGGUGGUGAUGACAGAGCAGCUGGCAAAGGCACACACUAACAUCCACUUCUCUGUCAUGCAUCCUGGCUGGGUGGACACUCCAGCUGUGGCCAAUGCCAUGCCAGACUUCCACCAGUCCAUGAAGGACAGCCUGAGAAGCCCAGAGCAGGGAGCUGACACCGUGGUGUGGCUGGCCAUCUCUGAGGCUGCCACCACGAACCCAAGUGGACGCUUCUAUCAAGACCGAAGGAUGGUGUCCGCCCACCUACCCUUGGCCUGGACCCACAGCUCUGAUCUGGAGGAACAGAAGCUGAUGUCGCUGCUGGAGGACUUGGCGAAGACGUUUCAGCCACACUGAGUCAGCGGGAGGACCCCACCAACACUAACGCCGCCAGUUUAUCCUGACCGAGGCUGGGCUCAGUAUGUCAUCACGCUGCUGCAAGUCUGCCCGAGGAGGGGGAAGGGAGGGGAGGGGAAGGGAAGGGAAGGGAAGGGAAGGGAGGAGAGAUCUGGGUCUUAUUUGAUCAGAAGCAGUGGCGGUUGCGCUGCCAGUGGCUUGAAGUGGAAGCUAAGAUGCGUUCGUGAAACCCAGCCUUAUUUAAGACUUAACUAGAACUGAAGGUUUUUCUUAUGCUUUUUAACUAUUUAUACGAUAAAGUGUUGCGAGUUCAACGGGACUAAAUGUUUUACUGUAGUGGUAUUGUGUUUGAUGGUGAUGCUGCUGACGGAGAGGACCCUCGUAGCAACCCAGUCAGUCGCUGUGACUUUACUGAAGCCGUCAAUCAGAUGGGAAUCUGAUGUGACCAAAGUCACUCACCGCUCCAGCUACGGGUUCAAUGUCACGCUUUGACAAACUAACCGAUGUGCGUUUAAAAGCCAUGUGAGUAACUCGUGUAUCUGCUAUGACGUAGUGUAGCUACAGUACAGGUUGGACCCAGCUGGAGACAGAGCGUCCUCUCUACGAGUCGUGUGCCUUAAAUACACAGCACGGCAGCAUCACUUAACAUGUGCAAUAAAAUCCGUGUUUUUGUCAGCGGCGUCUACGGAGCACCUUUAAAACGUCCUUUUUACUGACACCGACCUGUGUUUAUCUUGUAAGUGCACGCUUGAAUAAAGAACGUUACUGAUU